AUGGAACAUGCCAUGGACUUGAUACCAUACAUCCCUGACCCUCCAUCCCCACCCUCUCCACCAACCCCACGGUCCCCCCCUGACACACCCACUCCUGCACCCCAUGGAGACUAUGUACACCCCACUCAACCUGACCUCCUAAUCUAUAAGGGAUUCAGUAUCACAUCAUCCAAAGCAGACAAUGGCGAAACCCCAAUCAUUGGUCUCACUAGUUCCAUCCACGCUCCAAGCCACUUCACGGAGGACCAGACAAUGAGUGCCCCAUUGAGCCUUACUAGCGGACACGUACCAACUGCUGAAGAACAAAUUAUACUAGCUCAACUAGCGCUGGCUGAUACGAAUAGAGCUGUACUAAGUCAAAACAACCUGAACCACCAUAUGGACCUCCCACAGUUCACCCCAAGUUCUACUUGCAUGGUUCUAAGUCAAACACCCCAAGCUCAUGCAGAGCGCAUCCACUCUAACGUAGCCACUAUAGCGGAAUCCAUCCACCAAGACACCCCAUCCGUCCAUGUUUCUCCCCCGCAACCCCAAAGCAGCAAAGGAGCAAAAUACCUCCCAAUAGGCUUCCUAGUUUACAAAAUAUCUGAUGAGACCAAGACUUCGAAGCCCUUCCUUUUAAUUGUAACCACCCCCCAAGACUCCUCUUCUGCCUAG